AUGUCUAGCGAUUUCGCUAUCUAUAUUCGAGACAAGCUUUUCGACAGCAAAACAUCUGUCGACCAUAAAAUCUUACAUAGUGUAAACAAGAAAGGGGAAUUUGUUCUAAAGUUCUGUUUCUGGGAAUAUGACAAGAACCAUAAAACCUUAAGCAGAGAAGUCUUAAAAUUUGUCAAUGACAGACUUGUUGACAGAGAUGACGCCUCUUGGAGAGAUGAAGUCCAACAAAACUUCUUAGAAUGCAAAGAAGACACAUGCGCUGUUCUUGAAAAUGAAAUAGAAAACAGAAUAGAAGAGCUAUUAAAUGACAAAGCACUUUUACAAAAAUAUGGUUCUGAGAAGUUUGACAUAACUCCACCAGAGAAGAAGAAGAGAGAAAAGAAAGAAAAGAAAGUAGAAGAAGAGAAGAAAGAACCUGAACCAGUUCCAGAGAAAAAGAAAUUUGACAUGUAA